UGUAGUGAAACAACAAUGAGCCAUUCUCAUCAAAACAUUGGUUCCGGUAGUAGAAAUUCAAGGGGAUAUGAGUUUGGAAGGACUUAUGUUGUGAGGCCUAAAGGAAAGCACCAAGCUACUAUUGUUUGGUUGCAUGGUCUUGGAGACAAUGGCUCAAGCUCGUCUCAGCUCUUGGAGAGCCUGCCUCUUCCAAACAUAAAAUGGAUUUGCCCAACUGCUCCCUCGCGUCCUGUUUCGCUUCUAGGUGGAUUCCCUUGCACUGCCUGGUUCGACGUGGGUGAAAUUUCUGAGGAUCUUCAUGAUGAUAUCGAAGGAUUAGAUGCUUCAGCUGCUCAUAUUGCUAACCUCUUAUCAACCGAGCCAACAUAUGUCAAAGUUGGGAUAGGAGGUUUCAGUAUGGGAGCAGCAAUAGCUCUAUACUCAACUACGUGCUACGCUCUUGGACGUUAUGGAACAGGACAUCCUUAUACUAUAAACCUACGAGCUACUGUUGGUCUCAGUGGUUGGCUUCCUGGUUGGAGGAGCUUACGUAGCAAAAUAGAAAGUUCUAAUGAAGCUGCAAGGCGUGCUGCAUCGAUACCGGUUAUACUUGCACAUGGAACUUCGGAUGAUGUAGUUCCUUACAGGUUUGGAGAAAAAUCUGCGCAUUCACUUGCAAUGUCUGGAUUCAUACAAGUUGUGUUCAAGCCAUAUGAAGGGCUUGGUCACUACACGGUUCCUAAAGAAAUGGAAGAGGUCGUUCACUGGCUCACCUCAAGGCUUGGUCUUGAUGGUUCACGCUGAACUCCAAAAAAAAUCAAUUAGCUAUUUAUACAAUGUGUAGAAUAUAUUAUAUAUAUAAUAUGGGUGGGUUUCUUGGGGUAUACGGUAUUCAUUUUUUGACUGUUUUGUGAUUUAUUUUUGAUUUUCUGCUCUUUGAUUCUUGGUUAUGAAUAAUGAAAUAAAGGCUCUUCAAUACAUCAAGGUCUUGAUCAUACCAGAUCCAAAGAUUUUGAGCUUCUGGAGACAUUAUUGCCGUGCAUCAAAAGGCAUUCUUAUGAAGAGAAACAAAAGCAAAUAAUAACUUUAUUCACCAGUCAGCAUAACUCAAGCUUCUCCUCCAGUUCACCUUCCUAUAAAUGUACAAGCGAACUUGAGAUCACAAGGUACCACAAUGAAAAGAACGAUAAGACAAAAAUGAUUUCACAGCGUUUUUCAACUCUUGAUCUUCAAGAAUGUUUCUAGCAUCGAUUGAUGGCUUCAAUAUCCAUAUAUAAUUACAAAAUACAUUGAAAAACUUACGAAAUAGUUGCAGAAAUCUUACGGCUAGUGAGCUAAACCCACACUGAGGAGAUUCAGGGACUCCUUUCAUGUAAUUUCAUAACAGAGUUCUCUUUCACAUGAUAUACAAUCCAAAUCUGUGAAAAGAACGACGACCGUGGUAUGGAAUUGAUAACUUUUUAUUAUAAGAAAAAUACAAAUUGGACGACACAAAAGGUGUGACAGGAUCAAAUUCUAAACUUAUUGGCUGGAAAUUAGAAGUCUCCAGAAUCACCGUCACAACGAAAGAAACGAAACUGAACCAAAAACUCAAAGACACAACAGAAAACUCAAAAAACCAAACAUGUGACAUUAUAGAAACAAAAGAAAGACACAAUCAUAGUUCUCUU